AUGACAACUCAACUAUUAGAUGCGGAACAGGCAAUCCCUGAUUUGCGAUCCAUUAUCAAAGAACUGAUCGAGAACAGUAUCGAUGCGGGGUCGAAGAACAUAUGUAAUGACUUGCUUGCUGGCAGCGACUUGCUUGCUGGUAGCGACUUACUUGCUGGUAACGACUUGCUUGCUGGUAGCGACUUACUUGCUGGUAGCGACUUGCUUGCUGGUAGCGACUUGCUUGCUGGUCGAGGUGCCAUGUGUUGUGAUGUAGAUUUGAACUUGAUUGAUUCGGGUACGGGGGGAUUGGAUAUCCGGGAUGACGGAUGUGGUAUCAAUGACUUGCGGAAGGCAGUGGAGAGUUACACGACGAGCAAAUUGGAUAGUGCGGAAACGUUGCUAACAGGUCGUGUGAAGCACCUGGGGUUCAGAGGAGAGGCGUUGGCGUCGAUUGUUCAAUUGUGCGGUCAAGUGACGGUAAUGACGCGGUUCAAAACAAGGACAGGAACGCGGCGCGAAAGCCGUAUUGUGAUGACAGGAGGUAUCGAACGUGAAUACAAGGAGACCGAUCUGCCCACGGUGGUCGAACCUGCCGGCAGCUUUGGAACGGAGAUCCGGGUGCGCGACAUCUUUUACCGCCACCAUGUGCGUAGAAAGGCCAUGCUAUCUGAAGGAGCAAAGCAGAUGUCGGCAAUCAUGAAACUAAUUUACGAAUAUGCCAUCAUUGCAGCCGUUCCGACUAUACCGACGGAGUCCGAACUGCCAGUGCUCGCACUCCUUAACACCGACUCGGCCGGGGCCGACUCGGCCGUGGCCGACUCGGCCGUGGCCGAGUCAACCCUUGCUGAGCCAGCCGUGGCAGAGUCGACCGCGGCCGAGGCGGCCGUGACCGAGUUGACUGUGCAGUUUCGAGUGACUCGGCAAAAAGGAGACGAGGCGGUGCAUCUGGUAUUCGAGACGUAUGGUUGUGCCUCAGUGUUGGACGUCGUGGGUCGGAUUCUGGGUCGUGACCGAAGUUACGUGGAGCAGAGCUACGUCGGCUUUGCGCUGGCGGACUCGGAGGGUGCGUUCCGAGGAGCAGGCUACCUUGCUCAUCCAUUGGAGGCGGGAACUGUGGCCGUGGGGGGCCACUCACUGGCCAAUCGACUGGGCUACGGCGGCAGUCAGAAGAUCGAAGGAGGGUACCGAAGUCGCACCGCUGGAAACCGGAUGCUACUACUUAGUGUAAAUCGCCGACCGGUCACUGUACCGCAACUUGUCAUGAAACGCCUGGACUCAGUAUACAGACGAUACACCUCCAAGAACUGCACAGGACUCAUCAUGUUCCUCGAGACUGAACGGGAAAUCGACGUCAACAUGUCGGUCAACAAGAGGAAAGUACUCCUGCCCUUCGAAAAGUCUUUGGCUAAACAACUAGAGGAAACCGCCAUCUCCGUCCUUGGUAACGUCUUGGCUUCCCAGUCAGUACCUAUAAGCCUAGCAACAAAAGCACUAACGAUGCAGUCGUUGGCCUUAAAGGCCCCUUCAACCCCGCUUCCUCUAACAGACCAGCCAUCUCCGAUCGAAGCUCCAAACAACUCGUCGACGGAGUUAGCCGCGUGCACAAGCUUUCUCCCAGCUGACACUGAGACUGAGAUCGAAACGCUUUUUGAAACACCAGAGCAAGUUGGAACCCCAGGCCAGAUCGGAGCCCCAGACCACAGGGAAAGCGUGGAUGAAGCGACGGCCGAAUCUGCAGAUGAAAGAAUUAAGGAGUUGACCGUUAUGCUCAAAGGCGAGACCUCGCCAGUCGGGGAAGCAAGGCGGCCGAGGCAUUUUGAGUCUCCAGCUAUGAAGAAAGAAACAUCCCCAGUCCCACGAUCGGCAACAUCUUUGUUCUCUCCGCGGGGGUCAGCGGGGCUGAGGAGAGGAUCAGAGAUCCUCAUGUCCGAGGGCCGUGAGUCCCCGGAAGGGGAGCCCAAGGAACAGAGCUCAUCAGGGCCGCGGACAUCCCCGAGCAACACGUCUUCUAGUUACAAGACGGCUAUGCAAUCGGCUACACAGUCGACCAUGGAGAUGGCAGUGGAGACGGCUGCGGAGACGAUUGUGGAGAGCUCCCCCGGUUUCAAGAUCUGCUCCCCCGGUUUCAAGAUCUCCUUGUUCCAGCCUCCGUCGCUUCAAUCGUCCAGUAUCGAGUCGACCCCACUACAGGCGAACCGGAAGCGCGGUUUAUCGACAGGUGAACCAGCUGCCCCAACGGAAACUGUCCAAACGGCAGCUGUCCCGGCGGCAGCUAUGAUAGGACUGGGAACUGCUUCAGCCGAAGUCAGCGUUCGGUACCGCCAGUUCGACGGCAGUCAACAGUUCGACGGCAGUCAACAGUUCGACGGCAGUCAACAGUUCGACCGGAGUCAACAUGCGGUUGUACCUUUGAGUAGUCGAGAAACGUCAGUCGUCGGAGAUAGCGGGGACUCAGCCACUUUGGCGGCCAGGGACGAGCUUUACUGGACAGAGGACGAUGUCGCAGCGCUCCGACUCAAGUACAGAUCGUUGGGGCCCUUGUCAACCAGUACAAAAGGCAACAUAAAAGACGACAUAAAAGGCGAGGAGUUUUUAUCCCAGUCGGCCGAAGGAACUUCCGGAUGCCUGUGGGACCAUUCACUUUCGGCGGUAGUGUCUCCUGCUGCCGGCCGUAACGAGUUCUUGAGCAUGUUAGUGCCCAUCGGAUCCUAUCGAAGAAGCUUCAUUGUUUGUUUGUGUCAAAGCUCGCUCUUUCUGGUGGAUCAACAUGCAGCUGACGAGAAGUACUGGUUUGAGACCAUGAACGAUGCCCUAAUCGAUGAUUUAGAACGCGCGCAUGUGUUCGACCGGAACGGUUUUCGUUUUCGUCGGAUGGAUGCGGGUGUGGAGAUAACUCAUGUGCCGUGUUUUAAGGGCAUGUUGUUGAACAAGAACGACUUUUUGCAGCUGCUGGAUUCCUUGGAUGCUUCCACCGCCCCCUUAGACCAAUCCUCUCAGGAAGCCUGUAGAGAGAUGUGGACAUUCCAGAGGGUUGGAGGUUUACCCCGACCUCCUCGGAUCUGGAAUAUACUAGCAAUGAAGGCUUGCAAAACAGCGGUUAAAUUUGGAGAGCAAUUAUCACAUCAAAAGAUGUCUAGGAUUGUGGGCAACUUGAGGUUUCUUAAACACCCAUGGAACUGUCCACAUGAUCUAAACACGGAGGUUGGUGGUUCGCGUGGAGUUGAAAGGGGUGGGGAGAUCUUUUUUAUGGCACAAGAUCCGGCGACUGCUCAGGGCCAGCAAAGAGAAAUCGGAGGGAACGUGACUCGUUUGGGCACGCAGGGGCAGCCGGGUGGAGAGACCUUUUUAAUGGCCCAAGAUCAGCCAAGUCUACAGAGCCUGCAAAGAGAGUUCGAGGAGAAGACCGCCCAAUUGGCUCGUCUAAAAGCGCAGCAAGACUUGCAGUAUGUGCGUACACGUCCCGUGUUGACAUCAGAAGAGGUGUUGGCAAGCGUGCGAGAACGUUUGAACCAGCAACGUGCGUCUUCGCAGUUGGGUAGUCCUGCAUCUCGACCGAGUGUGUCUGCGAGUCCGAGUCCGCAAAGCGGAGGUCUGUUGAGUGCGAUUGUUCCGUUGGAGCCGAAGCUGGACGCGGCGGUGCAGACGGGUGAUGAUCUGCUGCCGUCCCCCGUUGCUGAAGUUAGUCUUCGUCGGAACAGUGGAAUUUUGGAGCGUACUGAGUAUGACGAGCCAAGUGGUGCCAAUGGUCUGAACGUGGAUGAGACCAAGUCGGUGACGGUGACGGAGUCGGAUAUAAUUCAGGCGGUAGAGGCGCAGCAGGUUGCGGAUCGUUUGGAGAAGGAUCCAGCGUUGCGGAGUUUCGCAGAACGUUCUGUAAAGAUCAUCGAAAAGUCAGUGAAUACUGACCGCAUUUUGGGGAUCUACCGCGACCUCAAUGUGUUGAACAGUGUGAGUCAGGCUAGCGACGUGGCAGCGAGGUUCUCGUCCAGUCUCAUGACCUACAGCCAAUUGAAGCUGACUGCGUUGCGCCCGGUGGUCGACAUUGUGCCGAUCCCGCAGUCUUCGGAAUUUUACGUCGCAUACGGCGCCAAGGAAGGCGACCCGAUGGCGGAAUACAAAUCGGUUGUGCUGCGUUGGGCCCUAGGUUCACCGAAACGACCAGAAGCCGUACUGGCAUCACCGAGCGCCGAAGUAUCAUGUAUGUGUGUGCUACCCGAAGAUCCGAACACGGUGAUUGCAGGUACAACGAGCGGGUGUCUGAUGAUGUGGUGUGUGCCAGUGGGCGGUAGUGGGGAGGCUGUGCGGCCAAUGCAGACUCGACGUACCAAGCUACAUCACAUUAUUGAGGUUUCGGGACUAGAGGAUCAUCGGCUCAUAUGCAUUGACCAGAUCCACCAGUUACUGGUGUGUGCGAUCGGUGCCUCCAUCGUGGUUGAAAAGGAGAAGGUUCUCAAGACCCCCGCAGUGCAGCGCUACUUCGGACUCCUUACGGCUUGCUUCAACGGUGUCGAGGAACUCUAUUGCGGCGGCGACGACGGUAGUCUGUACAUUUGCCCCAUCAAGAGCAUGAACGACUACACCGCGGGCAAAGAAAAUAAAGCCAGCGAUUUUCUUGACGCCUCAACCCUCAACAGCAUGGGCCUCGCCACCGGCUCCUUCACCCGCUCAGGGAGCGGGCCGCUAGCCACUACACCCACCGGCAUUCCUGGUCAGUAUCCAGGCUGCGACCAGGCCCUCACCUGCUCCGACGUACAACGCUUCUCCAACAGCCCCCUCCUCGUUACCGGUUCCCUCUAUUGGACAAUGACUCUCUGGCAAAAAAAUCUAAACCACAAUCUAAUGGUCCCCCUUCUCACCUUCGAACAUCAACCCUCCACUACCUACACCACCGGAGUCGCCUGGUCACCCUCCAGCCCCAAUCUCUUCGCCAGCUGCAACCUUGGCGGCUAUCUCUCCUUCUGGAACAUCGCCCAAGGCACCCGCUGGCAGAACAACCCUCUCUUAUCCACCCCCAUGGAUAACGGAGCGCUCACCAACGUCGUCUUCUCCUCGGACGGCAAACGUCUGAUCAUCGGCUCCGCUAAAGGUACCGUCAUAGUUGCACCCGUCCCAAAGAGCGGCCAGUAA